GCAACAUACAAGAAAUAUUGGAAAUUCAGUAUCCUGGUAUGGUUGGAUUGCGGUGUGUAGUAUUCUAUUGUGAUUGGUAUGACACCACCCCAGAUCGAGGAGUGAAGACUGAUGCGUUUGGUGUUACUUCGAUUCAUUCGCGGAGGAAACUUCAAUAUUAUGAUCCUUUCAUUCUUGCUUCGCAAGCUGAUCAGGUGUGCUACAUCAGUUACCCUCGGGUUACGUACCGAGACGAUCCAUGGAUCACGGUGGCGCAAAUCAACCCAAGAGGACGAGUAAACGGACCUUCUGAUAAUGAUCCAUUACAACCAAACUCUACCAGCAACGUGAGUGCAGUUGAAGAUUUGGCAGAGGUUGAACUCGUUGAGAAUUUUAACGAGUUUGGAAUUGAUGCUGUUGUACACUCGGAGCCAGAAGCUGAGAUUGGCGAGUUUGACGAAGAUUCUGAAGAUUCUACAGAUUCUGAAGAUUCUGAUUAGGACUUAUGUUUUCUUAGUU